GGACUAAAUGUGCUCAAAUUUUGGUUAAAAACUCCUUAAAGAGGUAAACAGAACAAAAUCGCCGCCGAUAACUUUCGGGCGGAAGCCAUUGCCGGUGAAAGAGUGUUUUCCGUUCACUUCGCCAUGGAAAUAGAAGAUGGCGGUACCUUGUAUAAAUCCAAAGAGAAGAUUUUUCAUACUUUUUCAGAUUUUAUGCUUAGGAUUACAAAGUUUGAUGAAUUAGUGGAAGUGGGAAGUAGAUUACUAGUUGGAUUUCAGCAAGGACUCGAGUAUCUUCGGCGUCAACCAAUUGAAAAGAAUUCUGAAUUGGUCGAGCGUAUCAUUAGAGAUAAUGAAAGCAAGAGGCUUUCCUCCUAUAUAGAAGCUGGAUGUUUGAAUGCUCAUGAUUCUGUACACAAUAUGUCCAAGUUACAUACAAGCCACCUUGGACUUCAGAAUCAUGUAAAUGAAGCGAAGGUUGUAGUUGAUGAACUUGCAUGUCUUUUAAAGGAAGCGGAAGCCGUAGUGCAAUCGAUAAAUUGCAGUUUGACUCAAGUGGGGGAACUAAAUGUUGACAACAGUACAAACCUGUUGGAAACCUGUCAUGAUGAAGCAGAAGCAUCGUCUGUUGAUCCUCUGGAACAUGAAAUCACUGAUAUUGCAAUAAUGAUGGCAGUGGUAUACUCCAUGGUAAAAAGUGACUACACAAUGCAGGAAAAGAUUGUUUCUUCCCUUAACCUCACUUCACCUUCUGGAGAACUGGAGAGCUACUCCAGCAUGUGGUCAUUGCGCCCCUACAUAGACGAUGAAAUCAUGCACAAAGCUUGGAAGUUUGUGUGUUAACUCGUUCUCUCUUGCUGUUUCUUAUUGGUGAAAGAUCAUCAAAUAUCUUUAUCAGUAGAUUGCCAUUUGCGAUACGAAAAAGGGACAGAAGAAAGGGGAGAAGUACUGGAAAUUAUAUGAGUUUGGGAAGGUGAAGAAGAUGAUGAUAUUUUAGAUUAGUAGUAUUUAUUAUUGGUUCAAGUUAUAUGAUUGUUAAAUUCUGGUAUGACAUUGAAUCAAGUGGAUGUACACAUUUCUUUC